AUGGCGGCUUCUCCAGUCUCGACCGUCUCCUCUCCGCUCUCUCGUCUCUUGCAGACGCGCCAUCUUCUCUCUGCGAAACUCCCGCGACUGGUGCAGCCCCGCGUGUCGCUUCCCUGUCCCUCUUCUGCCGCUCUCUCCCUCUCCGCCGCUCCCUCGCCGCUGUCUCCACUUGGUCGGUCUGCUCUGGCGCCUGGCCUCCCCUAUUUUCCACUCUGUCGGCUGAGAAAAAACGCCUCGACAAGUGCGCCCCCACCUGCCGAGCCUCUCCAUUUUCGGCGAGUUGGCGGGGCAGACAGAAGAUUUUAUGGAGGAUCGUCUGCUGGUUUCCUCGGAAAGACUCGCCCCGCGCGCUUCUCCCCUUCCCACGCAAGGCACUUUGCAACUGUGGGCGUCGGCGACAUUCGCCAGGGGCAUAUUGUCGUCAUUGAUGGCAAAACGGUGGAAGUCACCGAGUGGCGGCAAAUCAAGUCGGGCCGAGGCGCUGCGUCCAUUGGGAUUGCCUACAUCGACCUCGCAACUUUCAAAGCCGGUGAAGCGAACUUUUCUGUGAACAAAAAACUGGAAGUGAUUCAGCCGGAGAAAAAGACCUUCCAGGUGAUGUAUGUCGACGAAGAGAACGACACGGUCGUUUUGGCGGAUGAGAAUUUCGACGAGGUGGAAUUUCCCCUCAAGCUGUUUGGAGGCUCGUCGGUGGUUCCAUUCCUGAAACCGGAAUUGAAAGUUGUCGCUUCGCUCCACGACGGUUCGCCAAUCAAAAUUUCUCUUCCACCUGCGGUCGUCCAGCAACUAAAAUCCAGGAAAUGA